AGUCAUUACCACAUCUCUAUAAAAAUGAGUGAUGAUAUUUCAUUAUAUACUUUACCUAAUACUCAACCAAUAGUUCAACUGGAAUGUACAGCAGCAUUUAAUGCUUUAUCAUUGAAAGAAAAAUUAUAUGCACAUUAUCUUAGUCAAGCAGCAUGGAAUGGAGGUCUUAUAGUAUUAAUACAAACUUCACCAGAAUCACCAUUAAUUUUUGCAAUUUUACAUAAAGUUCUCCUCAGUGAACCAAUAGCAGAUUUGAAAAAAUCUGCAAUUGUAGAUGGUAUUUCAGAAGAUGAAUUUGUGUCAUUUUUAGUAUAUGUAUGUGGAGUAUUUUCCAAUGCUGGUAAUUAUAAAUCUUUUGGAGAUAGUAAAAUAAUUCCAAAUUUGUCUAAAGAUAAAUUUGAAUUGAUAAUUAAAGCUUCUAAAGCUUAUAAAGAUGAUUCUUCAAGAGUGCAAUUUCUUUGGGAUGAAGUUAAAGAUCCAUUAUAUUCAUUAGAAGAAAAAGUAAAAUCUUUAGGAUUGGGAAGUAAAGGCAUUACUACAUAUUUUUCAGAUAAUUGUACAGAAGAUGAUGCUAAACUUGUUAAUGAAUUUAUGCAGAAAAAACGUCUAGAAUCUUAUAAUGCUAGAUGUUUUAAAACUGAUGUGAAAGGUGACAGUUACAAAUGUAAAUACGAGAUAAGAUUAGCUUCUACUGAAACAAGUAAUGAUCCUAAAAUUACUCUUUCUGAAGAAGUUUUUAAAGAUGCUUCAUUUAAAAUUACUAGAGGAGAUUAUGAUUUGCUUCUUUUAUCUGUUGUGGAAAACUUAAAAAAAGCUAAAGAGCAUGCUGCUAAUGAAACCGAAGUAAAUAUGCUUAGUAAAUAUAUAGAACAUUUUGUAACUGGUUCAUUGGAGGAGCACAAAAAUGGUUCUAGAUAUUGGAUUAAAGAUAAAGGGCCUGUUAUUGAAACUUAUAUUGGCUUUAUUGAAACAUACAGAGAUCCAGCAGGUCAAAGAGGAGAAUUUGAAGGAAUUGUUGCAAUGGUAAAUCGUGAUAUGUCUAAAAAAUUCUUGACUCUUGUUAAUAGUGCAGAAAAAUUGUUGCCAAAGUUGCCAUGGGGUAAAGAUUUUGAAAAAGAUCAGUUUUUAAGACCAGAUUUUACUUCUCUUGAUGUCCUAACAUAUUCAGGAUCUGGAAUUCCUUCUGGAAUUAAUAUUCCAAACUAUGACGAAAUUAGGCAAUCUGAAGGUUUUAAAAAUGUCUCGCUUGGGAAUGUUAUUCCAGCUGCUAUGAAGCAAGAUGUUAUACCAUUUUUAUCAGAGGAAGAUCAAGUUUUACUAAAUAAACAUAGAAUUACAAGCUUUGAAGUACAAGUGGGCUUGCAUGAAUUACUUGGUCAUGGAAGUGGGAAAUUAUUAAUAAAAUUAGAAGAUGGUUCAUUUAAUUUUGAUAAGGAUAAAGUAAAAAAUCCCAUUACUGGUGAAUCGGUAGCACGGUUUUACUUACAAGGAGAGACUUAUGAUUCCGUAUUUGGGUCUCUAGGAUCUUCUUAUGAAGAAUGCAGAGCUGAAGCUGUUGGACUUUAUUUAAGCUUAGAAAAAGAUGUAAUACAAAUAUUUGGAUAUGAAGGUUCAGAUGCUGAUGAUAUUAUAUAUGUAAAUUGGUUAUCUUUAUUAUGGAAUGGCUGUGCAAGAGCUUUAGAAAUGUAUCAACCUUCCUCAAAAAAAUGGUUGCAGUCUCAUUCUCAAGCUCGUUACGUACUACUUAGAGUUUGUAUUGAGGCUGGAGACGAUUUUAUCAAAAUUGUUGAAACAGAUCCUGGUAAAGAUUUAAGAUUAACAAUGGAUAGAAAUAAAAUAAAUACAGUUGGUAAGAAAGCAAUUGCAGACUUUUUGAAAAAGUUGCAAUAUUACAAAAGUACAGCUGAUGUAAAAGCUGCUCGAGAAUUAUAUGAUAAAUACAGUGAAGUACCUGAAAAUGGUCCACAUCCAUGGGCUAAAUGGAGAGACAUUAUUUUGUCACGAAAACAGCCUCGAAAAAUAUUUGUGCAAUCAAAUACAACUGUAGAUGAAUCUGGAAAUGUUAUAUUGAAGAAUUAUGAGGCUACUUAUGAAGGAUUAAUUCAAUCAUGGAUAGAAAGAUUUCCAUCAUACAAUGUAUCUGAGAACCUUAUCAAAUUAUGGGAAAAAGAUCAAAAGUUCUUUACUCCUGUUACUCUUAAAAAUUAAAAUUUUAUUAUCAAUGAUUAUAUCCAAAUCAUAUUGAAAGA